AAAUACGUGAUAUUUAAUGAGAUGAGUACAAUUCUAAGUCAGCAUGAGACUAUUAAUAGUAGAAUAAUUGUUAGACUUAGCGAGUCUCUGCAACAAGAGUAUAAUAAUAUCUUACCAUUUAACAGUAGCAUUAACCAACAACAUGAAAGAUGUCAAACUACAUUACAAAAAACAGAAAUUGAGGUUAGAAGAUAUGAGAAAAUUAAUUUGAAAGUAAAAAGAUGGUUAGAAGAAAUACAAAGGGAGAGUGAGGAUAAUGAGAUUUUUGAGAAAACAACUGAAUUACAAAAAGAUCUUUUAGAAUUUUUCUUUUAUUGUGACUGGUAA